CCGUAGCCCGGCAUGUGGCGUGACAUAAUAGGAACUAAUAGUAGCCUCCAAAUUUGUUAUCCCUUUACUUUGCAUACUGCAGUUUUUCACUUUUGGAAUUUAUCUUGCUCUGUUCCUCUCUGUAUAUACACCCGUUCCCAGAAUCUGAUCGAGCGUUAUCUACGCUCACCUCUGCACCUGUUAUCUUGGAGUCAGCAUGCCCCGCAAAGAGAACCCAGGCCCCCUCUCCGCUCAACAACAACAAGACCUGGUUUCAGAGGGCAUCGAUAACUUUGAGCUCCCGAAGAGCUUAGUUACGAAGAUCGCAAAAAGUGCUGUUCCGGAUAACACGAAACUACAAAAGGAAGCCAUACUAUCGUUGGUUAAGGGCUCAACGGUGUUUAUCAAUUAUCUAGGUGUUGCACACGAGGUCGCUCAAUCAAAACAACACAAGUCUAUCUCGGCUUCGGAUGUCCUCAAGGCACUAGAAAUGAUUGAGUUGGGGGAUCUAGUGGAACCAUUGAGCGCGGAGCUGCAGGUAUACCGCGACCAAGUCAAACCUGACAAGAGUGGUCGAGGCUCAACUGCUAGUGCCAGUGUGAACGGUGUCACACCCGCCUCUGCUUCCACUAACACCAAAACCAAAGGAAAAGAAAAAGCUUCCACCUCUGCUUCUGCCGUUGGCGCCGGCGUCGCUCCAAUAGUUCCGACUAUUGGCGGUACAGAAACCCUUCCUCCACCGUUCACCUCUGCGCCGCUUGUCCAUCGUGGAGAACACGUUGGUAACGUUGUUGCUCCAGGGGACCAUGAUUCGAUCUCUGCAGCGAUCAACCCUAAUGCAAAAGCUGCAGAGGAGGAGGAUCAUAGAAUGGAUGUUGAUGAAGAACAUCAGGAUGUAGGCGCUAUUGAACAAGGAGAUGCCGAGAUGGGUGAUGUGGCGGAUGAACACGGGGAUCAAGCAGACGGUAGUGAUCCUGGAGAUGAAGUACAAGAGGAAGAAGAAGAGGAGGAAGAGGCACUACAGGAUAUGGUGGCAGUUGAAGAGGAAGAAAUCCGUGAGGAUGCGAAAGGUGUAGAACAGAGGGGGGCUGCUUCAGAGCAUAAGAAAUAGGCACUCAACACGGGCUCAACAAAGGGGUAUCAGGAUAGGUUAGGUCGAAUCAGUCGACUUAAAAAUAUUAUUUCCGUCAUGAAGAGUGAAUGCGUCGUUGGGGAAAGCACAAACUACAUUGUACCGGGACCUUAUUCUUGGUGCUUU